UAUUAGGAUAGAAUACAAAAUUUUGCUACGUUUUGUUUUUAAGACCAUAAGUUUUUACAUAAGUUGAACAUGUGUUAACCCGAUGUUUUUGUAACCGUAGACGAAAUUAUAUACUGAAAGUUUUAUAAAACGUCGUGACCGUAUGAAUGAUGAGAUAUAAUGCUAUGUUUGUUUCUGAAGUUGGGAAGAUGAAAACGUUGGUGCAUUUUUUAAUAAUACUUCUUCAUCUGCAAAGCAUCAGAACAAAUGUAAUACCCUCAAAUAGCGCUACUCAUAACGAAUUAGACAGCUCAAACAGAACUUUAUAUAUUAAAACUUCAACAACCCAAGGAUUUUCAACAACUCAAGAAUCUUCAACGACCCCAGGACCUUCAACGACUUCACAAGCUAAAGAACAGGAUCCUGACGAUCAUGAUUCAGUUAUAGCGAAGAGGGCAUCACUUAUUGUGGCUUUAGGAUUUGUGCCUGGUACCAUAUGUUUAUACAUUUUAUGUACCUUCGUACCACGCUGGUUUGAAAAGUAUUAUGAAAAUUCAUAACAUUUUAUUACAAAAAAUAUUUGUAUACUUUUUAAAUUCUGCAGUUUUGUUAUUGAAUGUAAUAUUACACAUCAGA